CACGGCAGUCACAAUAUAGUUGUUGUGAUCUACAGUUGUCGAGAUUAACUCUACAAGUAACAGGCAAUAAUCUCGGGGAAAAAAGGUGUUAAGAGCACCAGAGUAGAAUUUCAACAAUCCGAAUCAUUUAAAAUGUGGAUAACAUCAUCAAGUCUAAGACCUUCCACUCCUACUACAGCUAGAAGAAAGUAUCAUGUUUACGGAGCAUUGCUUUUGGUAAUGGCUGUAUUGAGGACAGUAUAUCCUGCAGUUCCAAUGUACCAAGCUGUUGUGGGGCAAAGUGCUCAAAUACCUUGCAACAUUAGCCUUCCUUCUGAAGUCGACUCCAUAUCCUUGGUUUUAUGGUACAAGUCAGGGAUCAGUGCUCCAAUUUUCAGUGUAGACUCAAGAAAAGGCCCACUGGAAAAAUCCAAACAUUUCACCAGUGACUUCCUGGGACAAAGAGGAUACUUCGACAUCAGCAUCCAACCAUCCGUCUUGACCAUUAAUCCCAUACAGAAAGAUGACGAAGGUGAUUACCGGUGCAGGAUUGAUUUUAGAUAUGGACGAACCUUUAAUAGUAUUGUAACAUUGAAUGUUAUUGUUCCACCAAAAGAAGUCAUUAUUGUCGAUGAGACUAACGAACCAAUUUAUGGAUAUAUUGGGCCAUAUAAUGAAGGAUCCAAACUUGUUCUCGGCUGUAUAGCUAAGGCUGGGAAACCACCACCAUCCGUAACCUGGUGGAAAAAUUCAGUACUACUAGACAGUACUUUCCAAAACAAUGGAGAUCAAGGCGUUCGAAACGAUUAUAUCCUUCAGAAGUUAACAAGAGAAGACUUGAUGUCUCAACUUACCUGCCAGGCUUCUAAUACUAAUCUUAUCACACCAGAGGUCGCAAGCGUUAUCAUUGACAUGAAUUUGAACCCGGUAGAAAUACGUGUUAUUUCAACCCACCGCCAUUUUGCUGCCGGUCGACAGUUUGGAGUAGAAUGUCAAACAACAGGAUCUCGUCCUCCUCCUCACAUCACCUGGUGGUUAGGAACCCGAAAGAUGGAAGCUGCCAUUGAGACCGUCGGGGAUGAUGGAAACCAAACCCUCAGUAAUCUCGUCUUUACGCCCUCUAGCGAAGAUAAUGGAAAAUACUUGUCCUGUAGAGCAGAGAACCCUAGGUUGCCAGGAAGAGCAUUAGAGCAUGGGAUUACUUUGAAUGUGUAUUAUAAACCCAAGGUUUCGGUGACACUGGGACAUGGCCAGGUGAUGCAACGGAUUCAGACAGGCGAUGACGUUUACCUUCAUUGUCAGUACAGCUCUAACCCGGAAGUGACUAGAAUAGAAUGGCAGUUCCAGCGAGGUACUCUAAUAAGCAAUUCUCGCGUCGGAGUUUUUGUUCGCAACCAGUCUCUUGUGCUGGAGAACGUAAGAAUGGAACAAAGCGGCACCUAUCGAUGCUUAGCUGAUAACGAGGAAGGUCGAGGAGAGAGCGAGGGAUUGGAGCUCAACAUCAAAUAUGUCCCUGUGUGUAAAAAAGGUCAGAAGAUUGCUUACGCUGUCACAGUGAAUGAACUAGUGAAAGUGUCAUGUGAAGUUGAUGCUGAUCCUGAUGACGUCACGUUUACCUGGUCAGUGAACAAUACAGGAAUCAGUCGAGAACUGUUGUCCUUCGAUAGUUCUGGUUUGAGGAGCGUGGCUCGCUACAUUCCGAGGAACAAAAAAGAUUUUGGGUUUUUAGCUUGUAAGGCUCGAAAUAUUGUCGGAGAACAGAUAGAACCUUGUAUUUUCACAUUAAUAGCUGUUGGUCCACCAAGUCCUCCAAGUAACUGUAAUAUUUCGAACUCAACGAAUUCUACGAUAUUCGUCGAAUGUAGCCAUGGUGAUGAUGGAGGAUUACAGCAACGCUUUCAUGUAGAAGUUUACAUCUUACCAAACAAGCAACUUGUAGCCAAUUUAACGAAAUCCAAUGCCCCAGCUUUUAUUUUGUCAUCUCUUCCUUCAGGAGCUCGUCUUCUCCUAUUAGUAUAUUCUUCUAAUGGCAAAGGGCGCAGUGGAACUGUAACAUUGACGUCAUACACCCUAGAACCUGUGAAGACAGAGUCCAGUAUUCGCAAGUCACCUCGACUAAGACCUCUUCUUGGCAUUCUACUUGGAGUUGUGGCAGCUUUGGGCUUGAUGGCCUUAUUCAUUGUCAUUUUCUUCAGAAGACGAAGAACUAGGAAACAGAACACUGCAGAUGAGGGAUAUGAUCAAGACGAAAAGUUUAACUCAAUGACUCAAGACUUCACCAUCAGCAAGGCCGUGACCUCUAGUGAACCUGACCUCAUCACCAUACAGAACAAUUCUCCGAUUUCUACGUUUCUACCAGUCCAAAAAAGAACGAAUAAAGGUGGCACAUCAAGACAUAUGGACCGCCUUUUCUUUAAGCCAAAAACUGUCACUCAGACCGAGUCCCUGCAAUUUAACCCAGAUGACCAAUACGAAUUUUGCCAACCACAAACCAGCUUCCAGGAAGCUAAGGGGUGGACGAGUUCAUCGCUUGGUCACUGCCAAGAUGAACGUUCAGGAUUAAGCUACAUUGGUGAUGCUGGCUGGAAAGACCUAGAAAAUGAUGUUCAGGCUAAGCACGAGCUGUUAACUGUCUCAAACCCGUCUCAUCGUUGCUUGCAAGUUUACCCAGUGAGAGAAUAUAGGAGGUAUACUCCAGUUUAAAACACUUGAAGAUAUUUAUUGAAUUCUCUUGUGUUUGAGGAAAUCUUCUCUUAUAAAUGCUGACACCAAAACUUAAAUCAACUUACAGUGAUGACCAUUGCUCAGAUGAUCUUCCUAUUAUCUCUUGUCAGGUCAACAUAAUGUGUAACACUGUUUAGGUAAUAUCGGCGUAAAGAAAAAUUCGAGAAUAUCAAUGUGCAGAAGCGAUGAUAUUAUCUUACUGUGGAUCAAGGCUUCCAAUAUAUUACUGUAACGUAUGAUUAAAGCCAUAGUAAUGUGAAGAGUGUUCAUGUCAUCUUACUGUGGGUCAAGGUUCCAGUCACCUUAUUGUAGUCUAUGGCUAAAGCCAUAGUAAUGAGAAGAGUGUUCAUGUCAUCUUACUGUGGAUCAAGGCUCCCAUUAUAUUAUUGUAGCGUAUGGUUAAAGCCAUAUUAAUGUGAAGGAGUGUUCAUGUCAUCUUACUGUCGAUCAAGCUUCCAAUCACCCUUACUGUAGUGAAUGAUUAAAGUCUUAUUAAUAUGAAGAGUGUUCAUAUAAUCUUUCCGUGGAUAAAGUCUCUCAUUACUUUACUGUAGCGUAUGGUUAAAGUCUUAUUAAUGUGAAGAGUGUUCAUCUCAUCUUACUGUGGAUCGAACCUCCUGUCAAGAAACUGCAGAAGGUAGUUAAAAUCAUAUUACUGUGGAGGAAUAUUCAAGUCUUUUGUCGUUAUCCCUCCUAACAUAAGUCACUUUACUGUAAAACAGGUCAUGUUAUUAUGGAGAAGGACUCUGGCCUCUCGUUAUGAAUCCUAACAAAAGUCAUCAUACGAUUGUGGAAAAGCUCACACCUCUUUGUGUAAGUUCUGCCUUACGUUCGUCUAAUAUAGAACAUAGAAGAAAGCCAUGUGGUUGUGGAAAAGCUCGGAUCUUUUGUUGCGGGUUCUGGCUUAAGCUGCUUUAACGUAAAACAUGGAUGAAGCCAUAUGGUUGGGAAAAGCUUAGAUCUAUUAUUGUUGGUCCUGGUUUAAUUUGCCCUAAUGUAGAACAUGGAUGAAGCCAUAUGGUUGUGGAAAAGCUCGGAUCUUUUAAUGUGGGUUCUGGCUUAAGCUGCUUUAACGUAAAACAUGGAUAAAGCCAUAUGGUUAGGAAAAGCUUAGAUCUCUUAUUGUUGGUCCUGGUUUAAUUUGCCCUUAUGUAGAACAUGGAAGAAGUCAUAUGGUUGUGGAAUAGCUGAGAUCUUUUGUUGCGGGUUCUAACUGAAGUCACUUUACUCUAGAACGAGACUCCUCUUAGAAAACUGCAAAGAAAAGCUGAGAUCAUUUUACUUUAUGUGUCAAGUUUAGGUCAUUUUACUGUGGUAAAACAUAGAACGUCCUUCCUGUGGAGUAGUGCUCAUAUGAUUGAACUGUGUGAACAAUAUUAUCUCAGUGUGGUUUUCAGGGAUUCACACUACGAACGCGGGUCAGGAUAUUUUAUUUUAGCGUUUGUUCUCAUCUUUUAAAAUGUAAGUAUUGAAAACGUACUGGCUAACCCGAAGUGAGUUUUGUAGAGACGUUUUAUAAGAUUAACCGACUUUUUCAGUAUUUUUGUAUGUUUCGUAAUAAUGCCUCAGUGUACACAAUCACUAAUCACGAAUCAGGACUUAUAAAUUAUACUUUUUGCACGUGCCUUUUCAAGAUAAUUCUUGAAUACAAAAAUCUUGGACGAUUUUUUAAUAUCCACGAGAAAUUAGACUAAAUAAAGCACUUGUUGUAUGAUAUUUUAAGUGUAACAAUAGUUACAAGGUUGGUUGUUUUCCUUUCAUUUAAAAUUUAUUCAAGUAUCAUAGCUGACGAUCAUUGGAGAUAUUUUGUGGGCUAUUAUGGUCGUAACGGUUUAAAUGGGGGAAAUAUUAGCUAGAGAAAAAUCUGAAAUGUGUACCUUAAUAUUUAUAGGUAAAGCUUUCCAGCACUUGUUUAACACAACUCCAGAUAUCUCCCAAAUAUUUAUGAAAUCACCUUUUUCGUGUAGAUUUCUAUAUAGAACUAAUAAAGAAUUCUAACAACAAAAUCAGCUAGGCUUAUUGAAAUACCACACAAUUCUUACUGAGUUCUAGGGUUAGUCACGUGUUUGUCAUUUGGAAUUCUUUCUGUGACUGUUACGCCCACCUUCUAAGAAGCUCAAAUAUAGGUGUUAGCUAAACAGUAUACAUUAUGUGUAUUUGUCCUUAGAAUAAUAAAUAAACUUCUUAAUCAAUUAUUAAUUUACCCUAAAAAUAUCAGUUUGUCGUAACUGAUAUCGUUUGUUAUAACAUUUAUAUGUGAUCUUGGCUACUACGGUUUCACAGAAGAAAAAAAAUGAAGAAGCUGCAUGGGGAAACUACAGAAUCGUUCUAAACUGUUAUAACAGCUGAAAGUGAUUAUUUAGAUAAAUUGCAGUUAAAUUCUAUCUCUCCUCCUUUUCUACUUGACAUGUUGACUUCUUCUAAAAGUGAAAGAGUUUCGUAUUCGUCUUUUAAAAUUGGAAUUAUUCAAUGCUUUUUUUCUUAUUUUUUGUUUAAGUUAGAAUUAGUGAUGGAUAAUUACGCUGCCUUUGGUGUUUCGAUUGAAAAACUCGAUUGUACACGUUACAAGUAAUAAUUUAUGUAUAACUUAAGUAUUUCUCUGUUGUGGACAUUAUACCAGUGAUGGAUAAAUGAAGAACAAGGUAGAAAUAUGUCUACGUUUUAAGUAGAUGACAUCUUAAAACAAUGUUAGUCUGAAAGCUAAACUACAAUUCUAGAGCAAGGUUCUAAAUAUCAUAAGCAACUAGAAUUAAGGCAUAAAAAUGUACUCCUUUUUUUAAGUCAAGAUUUCCGUAUUUCGUCCAGCAUUGUAAUUUCCAACACUAUCUUUUAUUUAAAUCAAAGACUUAAAUUAAGAUACAAGUUUAAGAAUGAAUUUUGUAGGGACACAGUGGAGCUCUGCAACAACGUUUAGAUUGUGAAACUGUCAUCUUAGGUUAUUAUUUAUCCUGCUGUCAUUUAUUUAGUAGAGUUUAUAGCUUUAUAAAUGGUAUUACAGUUCGCUAAAAUAGUUAAUACUUAGAUGUUAUUUUGGUUUUAAUGAAUAAUAUGCAUUAUGAUUAAUUAGAAACUGUAAAUAUUUUGGCGGAUUUUCACAACUAAUCUCUUUACCAUUAAACAAAAUGAUACUCGAACCAUUCACAGAUGUCGGUAACGUUUUGAGAAAACAAAACAUGCCGUUCUUGCGAUACAACAGGGGAAAGUAUUUCAACGUGGUAAUACGGGAAUUAAAAUUAAAAUUUCCUUUUGUUUAAUAAAUACCAAGCUAGUCGUUUUCCUUUUUACAACUUAAGAAAUAAUUACUUUGUUCGUUCUUUAUAUUUCCAUUAACUACCUAUUUUUCAACCAGAGUAAAAUGUAUGUAACUUCAAAUUGAAGAU